UAUUUUACUAGAACAAAUCAUGAAUUAAAUUACUUGAUAAAAGUUGUUUUUGUAUUUUAAUAUUAUGUAACAAAGUUAGUGAUAAGGUAUCCGCGUGAUUUAGUCUUUAUUAUAAACUCUAGAAGUGUGAUUUCACUAAAAAUAAAUCAGAUCCUCUCCCAUGUCACUAAGUAGAGGUAUCCAGGCAACAGCAAACGCAACUCUGCUAUCAAAAAUGAGUCUCGCAGGCAAAGUAGUGCUUUUAACCGGAGCAAGUUCUGGAAUCGGAGCUGCAACAGCUGUAUUCCUAUCAAAGUUGGGUGCUCAGCUAUCACUGACUGGUAGAAACGUCGAGAAUUUAAAAAAAGUUUGUGAGGAAUGUGAGGAGCCUUCGUCAAUCUUUUCUGUUCCUGCUGAUUUGACGAAAGAAAGUGAUAUUGAAAAGAUCGUGAAGAACACAAUCGAUCAUUAUGGUAAAAUUGACGUAUUGGUAAACAAUGCGGGCAUUAUUGAAACAGGCACGAUUGAAAAUACUUCUUUAGGCCAGUACGAUCGCCUAAUGAACACCAAUGUGCGUUCUAUCUAUUAUUUAACAAUGCUAGCCGUUCCACAUUUGAUUAAAACCAAAGGUAACAUCGUGAACAUAUCCAGUGUUAAUGGUAUUCGCUCGUUCCCUGGGGUUCUUGCUUAUAAUGUGUCGAAAGCUGCUGUAGAUCAGUUCACAAGGUGUGUAGCCUUAGAAUUAGCACCAAAAGGUGUUAGGGUCAACUGUAUCAAUCCUGGAGUUAUUUUGACUGAGUUACAGAAGAGGGGAGGUAUGACAGAAGAGCAGUAUGCUGCCUUCUUGGUCAGGACCAAAGAGACCCAUGCUCUGGGUCGCCCAGGUCAACCAGACGAAGUAGCUGCUACUAUUGCUUUCUUAGCAAGUGACCUGGCCAGCAACAUCACUGGAGUCAGUGUACCAGUAGAUGGAGGUAGACACGCUAUGUGUCCUCGAUAAACUCGCUCAAACACAAUAUAAUUUCACGAUGUGCCAAUAACAUGGUUUCAAAUGCAUUUAUAA